UUGUGGGUAACAAUUGUGGACAAAUCAUAGAAAUUGAAGGCGAUGAAGAUGACGGGAUAGAGAUUGAAAAUGACAGGAUAGAGAUUGAAGAUGAUGAAAUAGAGAUUGAAGAUAAUACCGAUGAUGAUGAUUAUAUAGAAGACGAUAAUGAUUAUGACUUCAUGGAUUCUUUUAUUAAUGAUGAAGAAAUUGAAUACAUAAAUUCUGAUGAUGAAUAUAAUUCUCUAUGA